CUCUCUUAUAUAUUGGAGUCGUCCUCCCGCUUCUCUUCCGCUUACGCCUCUUAUUUCAGCAUUAGGUUCGGAUGGCUACGUUGGGGAGGAAGGGAGGGAGGGCUACAACGCUAGUAAAUGCUGUUUGAGCGGUACUCAGUGUGGUAGGGAUGAAGGUCGUCCUUGAACUUCGAGAUAUGCGAAGUAUGGGUGAUAUGCAAAGUUCCCAAUAUCUUUUAUUUCUGGUUUCCCAGGAAAUUUUUUCUCUCGGUUCGUGGUAAAAUGCUUAAAUUCCCGGUAAAUAAAUUAGCUGUUUUCCCGAAACAGUGCUUGUUAGAGUAGUCACCCCCGUGGUGACUCGCCAUUUCAUGGCCCUGAGCUCAUGCAUGUCUCAUGUUUUUAGCGCCAAACCAGCCAUGAUGUGCUACUAAUUAUUUCAUUUGUAAUGGUCCUCACCAGGUUCAGCUGUCCAAGGAGGCUUACAUAACUGACGUAGCUACUCAAGGCCGCUACUUAGGCACCCAAUACACCAAGUCGUACUCACUGCAGUAUCUCGAUCCUGAUAUUUCGCCAGCAACAUGGAGAGACGUUAAGGAGAAUGGUGAAGUGAAAACUUUUGCAGGAAACACUGACACGAACACAGUAAAGAAAAAUGCUCUUCCGGCGGAGGUAUACACGAAAGCAAUUCGCUUUUAUCCCAAGUCAUACAACGUUGGAAUCGCGCUAAGAGUGGAACUUUAUGGAUACCCAGCAGAUCUUUCCAGCAAUCCUGGUUGCACUUAUGUACUUCCUGAAGAUGGUAAUCCCGAGCCUGGAGGACCAGGCACAGUUUAUUUCGAUGGCUACAAAAGCGGAUCCAGGUAUCGAGUAUUGAGUGUUGACAACCAGGGAAGACGUCCGAGGCUUACUAGUUCAUCAGAUGUUAACGUGUUCCAUCAAACAGGCGCUGUGGCGUGGAUCACAAUCACCGCUGACCACAAACUGGAGCAAAUUGAAUUUUCAAGAGGAGCUCAGCUAGUCAUCGCUGGCUCAGCUAAGAACCUAACCGUCGACAGCAUAACGGAUGACAAUACUGGCCACUUGUAUCUUCUAUCUUCCGUUCAACUUCAAAUAAACAGUCUUCUGUCGCCUUGCGCGCAAAUAUUCCACGGUGCAGAGCUCCUCUUGUCCGAUAUAAAACCAAAUGUUUCCUUGGAGCGCUCUGUUGAUAUAUACGGCGUGCUUACCAUCAAGGGAGACCCCACCGUCUACAUAGGAAAGGAACAGGGCGUGGUCACAAUGCAUCCGGGUUCUGGUCCCAAUGAGCUGAAGUUUGGAGAACUCAUCAUCGAAUCGAUGGGUCAUUUGCAGUUGUUGAACUAUGAUACACAAUCUCCAGAGUCCUGUCGAUGGUCGGUUUCUACAUCAGGAUCUAGAUUCAUACUGAGCGAUAGUUCAAAGAUGGACAUCAAAUGCCCGUGUAAUCUUACGGGAGAUCAGAUGACCAUGGGGCUCAAUUCCGCGCUGAAAAUUGAAGGCAACAGUUCUGUAUCUUACGUUUCCAUGAACGACGUCAAGAUAAGCGGGAUGUUUGACCCAGGGGUGCUUUCCCUGUUAGACGGGUGGAAAACCCUAAGGAUUGAAAGAUACGGUGAUUUGAGUUUCUUUCCUUACGGGGAUGCGAGACUUGAUACGUUUUACUCCAACGGAAAUUUUCACGUCGAAGGAGCUGUGUUCUUCAGAGGAAGAGAUCCAGCCGUGACUAGAACAAUCGAAGUUGACGAGUAUGGCAGCGUACAGUUUGAUUUGCCUCUUACGUCGAAUUCUUUGGCUUUUGUGCAAAACAACUCGCAGGAAUUCGGCUCCCACGGCAGACAUUCCCUGAACGGAACUUCACUAGUUCAUGCAGAUAUCGUUGUAGUCGAUGGGACGUGGCUGCCGAAAAAGCUUAAGAUCGAACCGGGAUGGAAAGAACUGACUGUAGAACAAGGUGGCAUGUUUCACUUUGACCCUGUAGGUGAAUUUCACCUGAACAGGUUUCAUCUCAAUGGUGAUGUAAAAUCGUUGAGUGCUGUGAAAAUGGCAGGCUUGUCCCAAGAGAGAAUUCUUCAAUGUGACGUUGGAUUUUACGGUGUGGUACUCAUCGAAUCCGUGGAUCUUACAACGAUUCCUUGCCAUGAAGUGUUUCUGUCAGGAACUCUGCGUGUCGGGAACUUGUCAAUAGGCACAUUAUGGGAUGAUCUAACAGUGAACGACACUAACGGGAGAUUUUACUUCGAGACUUCUGAGCCGCUGAACAUCAAUCGGACACGCGUCAGCGGAUUAAUGGAGACUGCAUCAGCGGUCGGACCCAGUGCUCCCUUAACUGGUGAUUCGUUUGUCAUAGAACCAACAGGUGAAGUCAGCAUUCACUAUCGAGCCCAGCCUUCCACAGUUGUUGACGGCGCAAUCAAUUCCACAUUCCACGUGACUACAGUUCAAGUGGAUGGUUUUUUUAAACUUGGUUCGCUGUACCUUGUCACCGACAACCUUAAUGUCGGAUCAUCGGGGCACAUUUCAGUGGAUGGUGGCGGUGCUCUCGGAGGAAUGGGGGCUGGAGCCGGAGCUCAAAAAGACAGCGGAGGCGCUGGGGCGAGUCACGGAGGUCGAGGGGGACGUGGGACACAGACACUGGCGCAGAGCCUGAUCUAUGGUGACAUUUUCACACCAGGAGGGUGGGGAAGUGGCGGUGGGAAUGGCAGUGGAAACACAGGUGGCGGACGCGGUGGUGGACGAAUUUUUCUUCAAAUCAGCGACUCGUUUAAUGUUAACGGGUUAAUUCAGACGAAUGGGCUUCCUGGACAGGUAAUUUGGAAUCGUUCGUCUUUUGUCUGAGAUAAGCUAUUGAUAACUUCAGACCUAAGCGUGGACCUGAUCAAGCAAGGGUUUACAUUCCAUUUGUAAUAAAGGGUAGUAAAGUCUGCAUAUGAGCCAAGUGGCCCACCACG